CCAGUGCUGCUCCUGCUGGGCUGGGAGCGCUGAGAUCGGGGGUGCAGGGCCUGGAUCACCCCCAGUGCCACUCCCGUGGGGCUGGGAGUGCUGAGAUUGGGGGUGCAGGGCCUGGAUCACCCCCAGUGCCGUUCCCAGUGCUCCUGUUGGGCUGGGAGCGCUGAGAUUGGAGGUGAAGGGCCUGAAUCACCCCCAGUGCUGCUCCCAGUGCUGCUCCUGCUGGGCUGGGAGUGCUGAGCUCUGGGGUGCAGGGCCCCAUUGUGGGUGCAGGGCCCCCAGUGCUCCCAGUGCCGUUCCCAUGGGCAGCGCUGGGCUGGGGAGUGCUGAGAUUGGGGGUGCAGGGCUCCCAUUGCUCCCAUCGCUCCCAGUGCUCCCAGUGCUCCCACUGGGCUGGGGAGCGCUGAGCUCUGUGGGUGCAGGGCCCCCAUCGCUCCCAUUGCUCCCGGCGCUGCUCCAACUGGGCUGGGGAGCGCUGAGAUUGGGGGUGCAGGGCCUGGAUCACUCCUGGUGCCGCUCCCAUGGGCAGUGUUGGGCUGGGGAGUGCUGAGAUUGGGGGUGCAGGGCCCUCAUCGCUCCCAGUGCUGCUCCCAGUGCUCCUGUUGGGCUGGGAGCGCUGAGAUUGGGGGUGCAGGGCCUGGAUCGCUCCCAGUGCUCCUGUUGGGCUGGGGAGCGCUGAGCUCUGGGGUGCAGGGCUCCCAUUGCUCCAGCCGGGAUUUGGGGUCUCUGGGAUCGCCGGGAUCGCGGGGAUUCGGGGUCAGCACCAACCCCGAGCCCUGGGCAGGCGCGGAUGGAGCGGGACAUGAGCAACAAGCGCAUCUACGCCGAGGAGGAGCUGCCCGAGUCCGGCGCCGGCAGCGAGUUCCACCGCAAGCUGCGCGAGGAGGCGCGGAGGAAGAAAUACGGGAUCGUCCUGCGGGAAUUCCGGGCCGAGGACCAGCCCUGGCUGCUGCGCGUCAACGGCAAAACCGGCAGGAAGUUCCGGGGGGUGAAGAAGGGCGGGGUGACAGAAAACGCCUCCUACUACGUGUUCACCCAGUGCCCCGACGGCGCCUUCGAGGCCUUCCCGGUGCGGAACUGGUACAACUUCACCCCCCUGGCCCGGCACCGCACCCUGACGGCCGAGGAGGCCGAGGAGGAGUGGGAGAGGUGACGCCCCAAACCCUGGGCAGGGAUCCCAGAGCCCAAAAUCCCCUCCCAAACGCU